CUCGAGACUACGCGCCGCGCUGCCUCGGCCUCUCUCAGCCCGGAGCUAAACCCUGCAAGAACCCCUCCCCGCCUCCGCCGUGGACCGGCCACUCGAUCUGUGACCUCGCCGGCUGCGGUUGCGGUCACGAUGGAGCGGCUCAGAUCGCUGCCUCGGAUGCCGGCGUCGGUCGCCAGAUGGUCGUGAGACAGAUUCCGGGUCGCAUGGCUCUGGCUUCUCUCGUCGCCAAGCACCGGCGGACCGGAAUACCAGUUGGGCGUUUCGGUUUCGGGGCGAGCGCGAAAAGGGUCGCGAGGGAAGCUCGAGGAGCUGCGCCCGGAAAUGCGGGGGGAGCGCAAAGCCUCGGGCUCGUGCCUUCCGGUAGAGGGGACCUCCGAGUUCCGGCGCGUUCGGGGUUUGCUUUGGAUUCGCCGGCCAGAGCGAGAAGCAUUUACACCGUCGAAGCUAUUCGGAAAUCAUUAUACACAACUCAGGCCUCUCCUGAUGAUGAGGAAGUGAUGGACCACUUCUUGUGUACAGUUCUUGCGGAUAUAGAAAAUAAUCCCGCAUCGAGCUGGGAAGCCUGUUUUACCUACAUUGAUAAGCUGUGCAAGGCAGGAAAUUUCUCAUCUGCUUUGAGGUUGCUAAAAUUCUUGCAUGAUAAGGGCAUCUUUCUAGGUCAGAACGCCUAUAAGUCCCUACUCACCAUGGCCACAGAAGGAAAUGAGAUGGACUUUUCAUCUUACAUUUUUAAGUAUCUGUUGGUGUCUCGUGAAUCUUUAAGUUCAGCUGCUUAUCUAAGUAUUGCCAAGGUCUUUGCAAAGCAAAGUGAGUGUUCCCAUCUUCUCAGAUUUGUCGAGGAAAUUUCAGAGCUGGCUUCUCCAAAAAGCACACCAGUUCUGAAUAGAAUCAUAUACUCCUUUGCUGAAUGUGGGCAGAUUGACAAGGCCCUUUUGAUAUUUGAUCAACUCGAGAGCCUAAAAUGUAAACGAGAUUUAAUUACUUACAACACUAUAUUGGAUGUCUUGGGUCGUGUUGGUCGUUUAAAUGAAAUGCUCCAUGAAUUUACUGCUAUGAAAGAAGCCAGCAUUAUCCCUGAUGUUGUAACAUACAACACAUUAUUGAACAGUUUGCGGAAGGUUGGUCGACUAGAUAUGUGCUCAAGUAUCUGGAAGGAAAUGAAAGAGAGUGGUGUGCAACCGGAUUUGCUUACAUAUACUGCACUUAUUGAGUGUUUUGGCCGCUCGGGGAACGUUCAUCAGUCAUUGAGUCUCUUCCAUGAAAUGAAGCUGAAGCAGAUUCGCCCUUCUAUACACAUCUACAGAUCACUAAUCAGCAAUUUAAAGAAAAUGGGUAAGGUGGAAGUUGCAAUGGCCAUCUCCGAGGAACUGAACUCAUCACUUUCAGAACUUGCCGGCCCAAAGGAUUUUAAACGAAACAAAAGAUAGUUAUGACAUACAAGUUCCUGGUUUCGAGUCAAAUCUGAAUAUCUGUUAUUAGCGACAUUUUAGGCGACAUGGCGAAAGUACGGCGGAGCAGGGCAGCACUUCAUUUAUUCAAGUGAUAAGUAAUGCAAGUCCUGGAUCCCAGCAGGGUAAAACCUGCAGAGUUGAGCAAGUAAAAACUACAGGUGCUGAUGAUGCUGCUCUUCUAGAUGUGCAUCACCUACUUGAACUUUUCCUUCUGGAUACAAGUGGAAGAAGCAAGAACUGAUCCAUAAUAUUGACUCGUCAGUCUAGCGGUGGCGCAAGCUGUUGGUGUCUCCCUCUGGCAUUGUGGAAUACUGCUGACCGAGAUUUUCCACACCCGCGAAAUUGUUGUGGUAUGUUAGCACUGAAAGGAUCAACUGCGAAGACAGCUUCAUAAUUUAAGAGGCGGGAGGCCUGCCUUUUUCAGGUUGGUGGCAGGAGAUCUUUUGGGGCUUUCCUUUGAAGUUAUCUGUACUAUCCACAACGGGGACCUGAUCACAGGACUUUCUCCCAUGUUUUCCUUUUGCCAAACUCUGCCUACCUUUCUGAAUAAAGCCGGCCAAAAUCAUCUGAAGGCGAAGUGAAGUGAUGAGUGCUUAUGAUAAUUUAUAGUGGGCACAACCUUGUAGUUGGUGAAACAAUUUUCCCCUUCCCAAAAAGAUAUCAUCGAAUGGACGAUGAAACGAGUAAAGAAGCAAAUUAUUGUCUCUUGGUUAACUUUUGAUUAAUUUUGACUGCAGUUGAAGAAGAUAAAUAAACAAUAAAGAAGCACUUUCUCUUUGCUAUGUUUUAGUUUCCUGUGUGUCAUGGUAGGUAGGGCCACUGCUUGUAUAUUGAGGAUCGAUGAGAGUUUAGUCUUCUCCAGCA